AUGAAGUUCAUAGCUCUUGGUGUACUUUAUUUGCUUAGUGCGGUGGCCUGGGCUCUUGAGCCAUUUGAAUACGUGGACGAAGAGUUUGAUAUUUUUGGUGCCAGCAAUGAUUCAGAUCCAUUGUCGAUAUCAAACCCCUUUCUCUAUCUUAAAUCGCCUUAUGUAUUGUCAAUCACUAAAAAGCUCAAUUGGUUUGAGGCCACCGCAGCAUGUGCUGCUAGAGAGUUCACUUUGGUCUCGAUUGAAACUUUAACCAAACAACAAACAUUGUACAGAACUAUCGCUGGAUCGGGUAUCCAGAAUCAAAUGAACGAACCAGUUUGGACUUCGGGCUCGAAUCUGGCAAACGGUGCCGUCUGGAGUUGGUAUUCAACCGGAAAACCCUUCACAUAUCGCAAUUUCCAAAAUCAAUAUGUGGAAAGUGAUUAUCGUUGCAUGGCUUAUAAUGCGAUCAAUGGUCGUUGGACACCUGAAUUUUGCAGCUCCAAACGUUAUUUCAUUUGCGAAUGUUUAUAAUAAUGUUUUGAAAAUAAUACAUAUAAUAUAUAAUAUAUUCAUUUGGUGUUGGUAUCGAAAAAUAUAAUAAAACUUUCUGAUUGCAAAUAAA